AUGAACACGUGUGAGUCCUGGCGUGAUUCGGAGAAAAAGCUGAGAGACAUUCUGACUAACUCAGCAAUCUCAGAAGGCAUCAAGGAGGCCUGUGCCUGGAGCACCCUGGCUGUGGCAGUGCGGUUUGCUGAGAGGCAGAAGCAGGAGGAUAGAAAGAAGGUAAAAAAGCUCCAGGAACAGCUGGAGGAGCAGAAGCUAUUCUCCAAUGCCUUGGUAGGGAUGGUGAGUAAACUCAGGUGUACACAAGAGAGGGAAAGGGAGCAAGCCCAGUCCCAGCUCCAGCAAAGCCUCGCAACCCUUCAUGGAGUCGAGGAAGAGCGAGAUUUAUUCAGGGGUGAGCUUCUCAGGGUGGUAAGCGCUCAGUCUCAGCAGCAGGCAGGAGUCCAGGAAGAGAAGGGAAACGGGGCACAGACUGUAGGUAUGCUUGCUUUUGCUCACAACACAGCAAGUUACUGGACAAGGGGGGAGACCCUGAGGGGGUCAGGCCAGGAGACUGCUGCUGCUCCUGUGACUACUGCUGUGGGGGGAGAGGUGACGCAGGGCAAAGUGCUUUCUCUCCUGGGGGAUGACAAGGGGAUGGCUGUUUUAUCUUGCCCUCAGGUCCUGGGUGCCAGUGCCCAGGCUGGUCAGUUGCUACCACUUAAUCUCUCUCAAUACUCUUAUUCAUUCCUACCUACAUUUUGUCUCCCUGGAGCAGCAGCUGAAACUGGGGCAGCUCUUCCUGAGAAGAAUUCCACAGCUAGGGGGUUGGGUAAGCAUCUCCCUACUACGAAGUUCUUGCCAGAAAGGUUUAAGCAAUACCCUGGCCUCUCUCACUCCCCAAGCCCUACUACCAUCAGGCGCAAAUCGGGGGACUGGGACUGCGACCAGUGUCAUUUGAUGAAUUUCUCAUGGCGAAAGAUGUGUUUUAAAUGUAAAAAAAUCCCAGCACACAUGAGAAAGUAG